AUGCUCGAGCGAAGCGAGAGGAAGGAACAAAGUAACUCGACCGUAAGGGAGAGCAUCUUCCUCCCUCGAAUCUUUCUCUUUGUUUUUUGCUUGAUUAUACGGCUGUUGAUUGAGUCUUUCUGUUGCAGGAGCGAUAUAAAGGGGUUUCUGUCUAAGUCUUCGAGUCCUCGAUUCGGUCCUCUCUUGGAAGUGGGAAGUGAGGGGGCAGUGCUAGCUGUCCAUCUAGUCCAUUCCGUCCUGCGUUGGAAAAACCUCUACUCUACCCCUAUGUUCGUAUGCCCCUAUGUCCGUGCAAGCAGUGGCCCCUUGGCUCUAAGCCUGAUAGUGGUCUUAGUGUAA